UUCAAGGUGAUACGAUCAGCCUCCUGAGCCGUAAGCGGACCUUUACCUAUCCGAGUCAAAACAGCGCUGAAUUUUACUCAUUUUUAGUAUUAAGCUCCUGGUGAGUAUUUUUAACCGAGAGAUUUUUCCCUAUUUUUGUUAAUUUUUUCCUGACUCUGAGCCGUCUUGGGGACUUUUUUUUUGUUUUUAUUUUUAAUGCAUUUUUCCUGGCUGGUGUUCCUCAGACUGUGUUGGCUGUAGUGGCGUUCAUUUUGUGAUGGCGGUGUGAGAGCUGCGCAGAAAAAAAAGCAAAACAAAACUAGUUUUAGUAGCUUCCACGUCAAGAUUUUUGCUUUGUUUUUUUCCCAUGAAACGUCCAUUUUUCAGGUGCUGCGGUGUUAUUUGUUAUAUGAGUGUGGUGAUAUUUCCGAGGAGGGGAAUAAUGGAAUCUUGUUCCAGUCUUUUGUGGACUGUAGUGUUCAAACCGAGUCGCCUUUUUUUUUUUUUCAUGGAAAUCUGUUUUUUUUUUAACGGGGUUUUUAUUCUCUCUCUUUGCUUUACCCCCACCUGUAACGUGAAUUGCAGUCGGUGACAUUGACUCAAAAAAAAAAAAAAAAAAAAAAAGACCAGUUUUUCUUGUUUCUUCUGUGAUUCUGUCAGUGCUGAGACAGUAUUAUUUUCUGCAGCAUAUCACUUGGGAAUGAUGUAAUUUUUCAGGGAAGAUGUUUUUCCCCAGUUGGAAAGUGGGGGCGUUUUUGAAGGAGCAUGUACACAACAGUGUUUUGAUGUGUUGUGCAGUCAAAGACUUGUGGAAUUCUGUAGCAUUGGGCAAGACAUGAUCUGUGCAUUUGUUUUUGAAGCCACUUUUUUGAGCAUCGACAAAUCACUCAGACAGGCAGGCAGACCUCCACCGACCCGAGUACAGACACAAUGGAUUGGUCGUCGUCCUCCACCUCCAGCCUGAUGGCCAGCAGCAACGUCACCAACAAGACAGACCCCCGCUCCCUGAAUUCCCGCGUCUUCAUCGGCAACCUCAACACCCUGCUGGUCACCAAGGCCGACGUGGAGGCCAUCUUCUCCAAGUACGGUAAGAUUGUCGGCUGCUCCGUCCACAAGGGCUACGCCUUCGUCCAGUACUCCAACGAGAGGAACGCCCGGGCCGCUGUUGCCGGCGAAGACGGACGCAUGAUCGUAGGACAAGUGUUAGACAUUAACCUGGCAGGCGAACCCAAGCCGCACAGAUCGAAGACAGGGAAGCGUUCAGCUGGAGACAUGUACAGUUCCUCUUUCGAUUUGGAUUAUGACUUUCAGAGGGAUUAUUAUGAUAGGAUGUACUCCUAUCAGUCCCGGGUGCCUCCGCCUCCUCCACCCCUGUCCCGCGCCGUCAUCCCCUCAAAGCGUCCAAGGGUCAGCCUGAGCGGCGGAGGCAGCAGACGAACCAAAACCAGCUUCUCUUCCUCCUCCAAGAGUAGCCAAAGGACCUCUCGCACAAUGAAGGUAGACGAUCUGCAGACCAUAAAGAGAGAACUCACCCAGAUCAAACACAAGGUGGACUACCUUCUAGACAGCCUAGAGCGCAUGGAGAAGGAUCACAGCAAGAAGUCAGACAUGAAGAGCUCCAAAGCAGAUCCAGCUGAGGUGUCUCCGCUCCACUCCUCCACCCCCACGAAGAAGGAGGACAGCCUGAAACGCGACAGAGAGAGGGACAGCCAGGGCCUGAACGACUCCGAGGAGGAGGGAGAUCUGCUGGAUGAUGAAGAUGAGGUGAAAAGCAGAGGGAGAGAGGAUGAAGAGGAGGAAGGUGAGCAGGAGGAAGGAGAGGACGACGGAGAUAGUACCAAUGGAGACGAGUCCUAAACACACACACACACACAGGAGUGUGUAUGCUGGUAUCUCCACACUCGACUUCUACACAGUGCUCAUGUGUUCAUAUCUGCUGAAUAACUGGACAGUUCAUUGAUUUUUCCUCCGUCGCAUAAAACACUGAACACUUUAUUUCCUCGAGUUUUCAUUAAUUUACAUUUUUCUCGUUCUUCUUUUACUGCAAAAAUGAACAAGCAGCUGAAGAAAUACAGGUGUUAUUUAGACAGAUUCAGUUGUGUGCUCAAAGCUGUAAGUCAAUCCAAGAGAAACAAAAAUUUGGAUGUAAACUGCAGUUAUAUGCAACUAUAUGUAUGUUAAUACCUUAGAGAAACUGAUCCUGGAUCAUGUGGCUGAUGUGCUGCUGGUUUCCUACCAGCAGAUGGCAGUGUCUCCUAACAAUUGUCCUGGCAAAAUAAAAGCACACAAGAAAAAAUGAAAACCUACACCUUCUGCUUGUCUAAAAAUGAUAAUAAAAAAAUGAAAUGAAUAAAUAAAUAAAACAUGAAUGUUGUUAAAGUCUCAUGACAACCAGAAAAAUAUGAAUGGCUCUGGACAUAGUUUUUUUUUUUUUUUCUUCGUUCAGGGGAGGCAUUAACCUUCAACCUUACCUGACCUUGACUUGUGUAAUGCAGUGCGACUCCAUGUUUGUCUGUUUCUGCCAUGUUCGUCAAUUGAUUGCACUGUUGAAAGUGAAUAAACAUGUUUUCCAAAUUC